AUGGCUAAAAAACACUCGCUUUGUUUGCCCAUCAUAGCGGUGUUCAUCUCAAGCUUCUCUGCAGUUUUAGCAGCUCGUCAGCCUCACAUCGUCUUCGUCCUAGCUGAUGACUACGGCUGGUAUGAUGUCGGGUAUCACAAAUCCGAGAUCAAGACCCCAAACCUGGAUAAACUGUCUGCACAAGGAGUCCGGCUGGAGAACUACUAUGUGCAGCCUUUGUGCACUCCGUCCAGGAACCAGCUCAUGACAGGAAGGUACCAGAUCCACACAGGCAUGCAGCACCAGAUCAUCUGGCCCUGUCAGCCCUACUGUGUUCCUCUGGAUGAGAAACUGCUGCCUGAGCUGAUGAAGGAUGCCGGCUACGCUACACACAUGGUGGGCAAGUGGCACCUGGGCAUGUAUAAGAAGGACUGCCUGCCUACACGCCGCGGCUUUGACACUUACUUUGGCUACUUAUUGGGCAGCGAGGAUUAUAACACUCAUGUCCGCUGUUAUCACAUCGCUCCUCUGAACGCCAGUCGCUGUGCGUUGGACUUCAGGGACGGAGAAGAAGUCGCCACCGGAUACAAAGGACACUACUCCACUGAGGUGUUCAGCCAGAGAGCCGUCAGCGUCAUCGCCAAACACAACCCCAACAAGCCGCUCUUCCUCUAUGUGGCACUACAAGCAGUCCAUGAACCCCUGCAGGUGCCAGAGCGUUACCUGACCCCCUACAGCUUCAUCAAAGACCCUCACCGUAAGCUGUAUGCUGGCAUGGUGUCGGCCAUGGACGAGGCGGUGGGCAAUAUCACCCUGGCUCUCCAGCAGGCGGGACUUUGGGACAACACGGUCCUGGUGUUUUCAACAGAUAACGGAGGUCAGACGUUGGCGGGUGGCAGCAACUGGCCACUGCGAGGGAGGAAGUGGUCGCUUUGGGAAGGUGGCGUCCACGGAGUCGGGUUUGUCACCAGCUCGCUAUUGAACAAACCAGGAACCGUCAGCCACGAGCUCAUGCACAUUUCCGAUUGGCUGCCGACUCUUGUAGGCCUGGCGGGAGGAAGCACGAACGGCACGAAGCCUCUAGACGGAUUCAACAUGUGGAAUACAAUCAGCAAAGGAUUCGCCUCACCCAGACUGGAGCUGCUGCACAACAUUGACCCGCUGUAUGUCGACAUCGCUCCAUGUCCUGGCACCAAGCGUCAGUUAACUUUGGCUCAGGUGGUCAGCGGAGGCUCCAACGCCAACUCCGGCUUCAAUGUGUCCAUUCACGCGGCCAUUCGAUCCUCAAACUGGAAGCUGCUGACUGGCUACCCAGGUUGCGACAUUUGGUUCCCCCGGCCGGGCCACAACAGCUCCGAGUCGAUCCCUUUCAAGGUCGACCCGCUGAAGUCCGUAAUGCUGUUUGACAUCGAGAAAGAUCCAGAGGAAAGGAAUGAGGUAUCCGCUAAGUUUCCCGCAGUCGUGGAGUAUCUCCUCGGUCGGCUUCAACAGUACCAGAAAAGGGCAAAGCCGAUAAACUACCCCGAUGACGACCCCAAAUGUGACCCAGGCCCCACUGGAGCUUGGGGACCUUGGGCUUAAAUGGACACUGAUGAUGACAGUAAUGAACAUUUUAGUCUAUUUUGAUGA